AUGUCCGGCGACGGGCGUGACUCGGACGUCUUCGAGUCUCUCCGCCUUCAAGCGGAAGGCUUUGCCAACUCGACUAUGCCUUUCAUGGCCGCCGUCAUUGCCAAGAUGUCGGAGGACGAAGAUGCCGACAUCUACCACCACGGCCGCACCCUCAGCCUGGAAGAGCACCGCAACAAGUGCGUUGACUUUAUGGCGUAUCAUUUCAAGAACAAGUGCAUGGAGGCCACAUGGACCCCCGAGUUUGAGGACAUCUUUUUGCAGACCAAGGACGCCAACAAGAUCAAGACUGCUGUCAUUGGCACGGUCUAUGCCGAGCAGGCCACUCUCAUGGCAGAGAACGCUCAUCAACCGGUCACCGAUUUGGCCACGGCCGACGACAACGUUCUGUCUCCCGAGGAGGUGGAGUAUGUGCUCGCGGCAGCUCAAGAACUCAACACCAAGCCAGCAAAGGUUGCCACCGCGGUGGUGGCUCACAUUGUGAACCAGUGGAACGUAUCACCGGCCCCGCCUCUUGACCCCCAGGACUCGCCAGCGCACCACAUUCCAAUUCAGCACGCACAUGUCAGCCCCGAGCAGACCUACCCGACGCCAGAUGCCCACUGGACUCUGCCUGUCGCUCCAAUCAACCACUCGACGCCCGCUACCACCGAGACUGCGGACUCCUCGCUCGGCCCUCAGACUGUCAUCUGCGCGCCUGAGCAGCCUGCACCAGCUGGCGCAAUGUGCGUCAUCGCUACCCAAGUCCUCUUCGAUCUGGCCAUCCCCACCCAAGACCCUACGUCGCGUGAGCUCGUUACUCCAGUCGCAGUUGCCGAGGCGGCCCCUCCUCAGCCGAUAAUCGACGUCUUCGGCCAGAAUGUUGGGAUCACGCACUCGACCGACGCCGCGUUCACCUCUUCUGAGAGCAAGGCUCCUCUCACCUGUGAGCCGGUCCAGCCUGUCACAGUGCUUCAGGCUACGGAGAAUGGUGCUAUCUCGUCCUCGAUGGUGUCGCCACCUCCAAAGCCUAAGCUGAGUGACCGCUUCGGCCCAUCCAAGGCGACGUCGGCGGCUGCGACGUCGGCUGCUGCGGCCCCGGCGGUUCCGACCCCAGGCAGUUUGUUUUCUGGUAUUGCCUGGCCGGUGACUCCUCCGUCCUCGAUGGCGUCGUCACCUUCAAAGCCUAAGCUGAGUGACCGCUUCGGCCCGUCCACGGCGACGCCGGUGGCUGCGACGUCGGCUGCUGCGGCCCCGGCGGUUCCGACCCCAGGCAGUUUGUUGUCUGGUAUUGCCUGGCCGGCGACUCCUCAGCAGCCUGACGACAUCAACAUGGCCUCGGCCGGGCAGGAGUCUCAGCUCAUGUCACACACAGACGCGUCAGGCAGUCUGCUUAACGGCCUGGGUCCCGGGAACGGAUCCACCCCCACGCCACCUCAGUCGAGCCUCUUUAGCGCAUCAGCUCCCUCUCAGACUGCCAACGCCAGCACGCCGGUUGUCGGCCCCAUUCCCAGUUUCUUCCCCAACAACAACAACGGUGCCACUGCCGCCAUCAGCCAGCCUGCCGUCAACAGUACUCCCGUCUUGGCCCAAGUUCCCAGCCUUGGCGGUGCUUCGGCGAGUGGCUGGACGACGGGCACCAGUUCUGUUGUGAACGGCACUGGCACGCCCGCCCACAACCACAGUCUCCCGGGGUCAUCCAUCGCCUCAUUCUCGGACUUCAAGGCCGCCGAGAAGGAUGCACGCCCGGUGCAGGUGGCCCUCACGGCGGAACAGAAGGAGAAGGAAAGGAUCCAGGGAUCGAACGAGGCCAAAUACAUGCUCAAGAAGCUUAAGUUCACGCCUGGAAGGCAGCAUGCUUUGGUUCGCCUCCUUCUUCCACCAGGUGGUUGCGAGAAGAUCAAGGCCAAUCCCCGCGCUCGCCAACUGCCUGAGCCGAGGGCUGGCGACCGCUCGUGGGCGCUUGAGCACAUGGAGGAUGUGUGCUCCCAGUGGACGCCGUUCAGGCGCAUUUCUUUCGUCCUCACCAUCUUCGGCGUGAACGAAGAUGAGCCAGCGGCUCCCCAGUCGACCGCACCACCUGUGACGCUCUCCAACUUUUCCCCGCCAAGCUACAACGCCCUUGCGCACCAGAACGCGACGGGUUUUGCUCGGGGCGGCCAGGAAGCCCAACUCGGCAACACGGCCACCUUGUGGGAGAAGGGGGACAAGGUCCGCCGGGGUUCUCUCCGUCGUGGGAGCGCCAACGCCCGUGAGGAUGGUUCAUCCUCUUCCACGGGCACAAGGGCCUUCCCUGUUGACCAGCACAUGGCCAACGGUGAAGGCAAAGCGACUCUCGAAGACCGCGAGAUCGCAGAAGAAGACGACCAGAUGGUCGACCGCAGCAAGGUGGGCGACGACGGCGACCACACUAUGCAAGACUCGGAGGCGAGUGGCAGCGGGGGCAACACAACCGCUCCUGUCGUCACUUUCCCUCCACACGCGCCUUCGGCGAGCCUCUCCGCCUCGGCGCCAACCCAGCCCAACAACGCACCUGCGGGUAGCCAGGGCUGGCAACCAACUAGCUCAACCUCGUCCACUGUGAGCGCCCCCAAUGGGAAUAUCUCUUCCUUCGCGGGCAGCACCGGUGGCGGUAACACGCCUCUCGAAGACGGCGAGAUCGUUGAAGACGACCAGAUGGUCGGCAGCAGCGAGGUGGUCAGCGACGGCGAUCACACAAUGCAAGACUCGGAGGCGAGUGGCAGCGGGGGCAACGCAACCGCCCCUGUCGCCACUUUCCCUCCCCCCGCGUCGUCGGCGAACCUCCUCGCCUGGACGCCACCCCAGCCCCACAACGCACCUACGGGUAGCCUGGGCUGGCCAUCGUCUGGUUCAGCGUCGUCCACCGUGAGCGCCCCCAAUGGAAACACCUCUUUCUUCGCGGGCAGCUCCGGCGGCUUCAACACCAACAUGACCGCUGUGCCCUUCGGCUCGAGCUUUGUCGCCUCGGCGGCAACCCAGGCCAACAACGCACCCACGGGUAGCCUGACCUGGCAGCCGACCAGUUCAACCUCGUCCACCGUGAGCGCCCCCAAUGGGAAUAAAUCUUCCUUCGCGGGCAGCUUCGGUGGCUACGGCACGCGGCCCAGCGCUCUCGUGCUCCCCCCAAAGGUCAAGGACAGGGUAAUCUGGUUCAACAAGGCAGAUGAGCUGGAGGACCAAGACAUGGAGGACUCGCAGACAACCGCCGAGGGUGCCGCCUCGUCGUCGCCAACUGUCGGCCUGCCCCAGUCCACCAACGCCUCGCCCCCAUCAGUGACACCAGCACGUCAACAGCAAGGCGCCCACGCCAUGAUGGGUUUGUCGGCAACACAGCAACCCCCGCACCUGCCAACACCCCCGCCAACGCCGCCAUCGGUGUCACCACCAUCCACUCAGGCAGUGUCAACGUCACCUGUCCCAGCGUGCGCUCCCUCGCAAGCACCACAAGCUCCCUCGCAGGAGCAGAUCUCACCGCCUGCGAUCACGACGCCGAGCCCGCCAGCUUUGAACGCGUCGACACAAGCUCCCUCGCAGCCACAGAUCUCAUCCCCUGCGAUUCCCCCACCGACGGGCUGGACGCCCAGUCCUCGCCCUGCCGUCAAAUCGGAGGGGCUGGCAGGUGGUUCCGCUUCCAGCAACAGCUGGAGCUCAUCACCAUUCCCCAAGAGUCCCCCCGCAUCCACGUCAGCAGCGCCAGUGGUGUCCACUUCCAAGCCGCCGCCGUUCUCGGCACUGGUUGGACCAGCAACGAAGCCAGUCCAAGUGCCACAGAAGCCACUCGUGGCCCCGUCCACCGGGUGGAAGCCUCCGCCGCCGCCUCAGUUUAGCAGCGCCUUUCCUCUCAAGGAGGCCCCGGCGACGCCGAGCCCCACGCCAAGGCCAGCAGCACCUGUGGAGCAAGAGUCAGUGGCGGCAUCUGACGUAGGAUCGUCGACUGCACCAGUGGCCGCACUCGAUGCCCCGGCACCCGAGCGCCUUGGCCAGGCUUCUGCCAGCAACUUGCAGUCGCCAACCUCCGGUGGCUCAUCGGCACAAGAGCAAGAGCCCGAGCCCGAGCCCUACAAGCCCAGGCUCAACUCCAAGAUGAGGAGCCUUGCGAGGGGGUGGUUUACGAACCACCUGGGUCAGAGCACCCCAUCGGGCUCGUCGAGUUCUUCGCCCUCUACUUCUGGAGCUUCUGGGUCUGUCUCUCCCCUCGCCUUGAAGACGCCGCCACACGGCGCAUCGUCUUCACGCCGCUCUCCGCCUGGUAGUUCGCCUCUGGGUAGGCAGUCGUUCUCGGCCGCCACCCUCGCAAAGGAAGCGGCUGAUGAGGAGGCUGCGGCGGUGGCACCGAUCGUCACGCAGCGCAAGCGACGUGAGCGUGACCACACCGAGCAGGUCGGAGUCCCCGACGGGACCGCGCGCCCGAUCAAGGCACACUUGAGGGCGUCCGGCAAGGGCAAGGGCCCCCCGGUGGCCGUGGCUGCUGGCUCCUCUGUUGCCGACGAGGCUCCGACUGCCUCCAAGGACGAGUCUGUGGCCCAGGUCCCAGCGGACCCACCGACCUGCGACCCGUCGACCUAG